UUUAUCAAUCUCCCACAGCCCGUGGAGCCCGCAGUGUGCCUCUGUCCUUUGCUACAAACAUGCGUUUCAAAUUACCUCUCCUGGCCAUUGGCCUGGAGGUUGCUAUGAUUGUCUUAUUUGCAUUGUUUGUUCACUAUGAAACGGAUCACAACGUACACCAGCAGAUCAACACCACCACGCCAGGAGCUGUGGACAAAUUCCUUGUGUCAUAUGCUUUAUUCCAAGAUGUGCAUGUUAUGAUAUUUGUUGGGUUUGGCUUCCUCAUGACCUUCCUGAAGAAAUAUGGUUUCAGUAGUGUGGGCAUCAACCUAUUCAUUGCUGCUUUGGGCCUCCAGUGGGGCACUCUUAUACGUGGAAUCUUGCACCACCACAACCAGGAAAUUCACGUUGAAAUUGAAAACAUGAUAAAUGCAGACUUCAGUACAGCCACUGUUUUGAUUUCUUUUGGAGCCGUCCUGGGAAAAAUAAGUCCAAUCCAAAUGCUGAUCAUGACAAUCAUAGAAAUUACAGUCUUCAUUGGCAAUGAAUAUCUAGUUGGUGAGAUAUUCAAGGCCUCUGAUAUAGGAGCAUCAAUGACAAUCCAUGCCUUCGGGGCCUACUUUGGCCUGGCUGCAGCGGGCAUCUUAUAUCGACCAGGCUUGAGAAAGGAACAUGACAACGAGGAGUCUGUAUACCACUCAGACUUAUUUGCAAUGAUUGGAACUCUUUUCCUAUGGAUAUUUUGGCCCAGCUUUAAUUCAGCCAUCGCUGACGCUGGAGAGAAACAGUACAGGGCCAUUAUAAACACGUACUUCUCUCUUGCUGCCUGCGUGGUCACAGCCUAUGCAUUCUCCAGCCUCGUUGAGCACCGAGGCAAGCUCGAUAUGGUUCACAUUCAGAAUGCAACCCUUGCUGGAGGAGUUGCUGUGGGCACUUGUGCAGACAUGGAAAUCUACCCAUACAUUUCCAUGAUCAUUGGGAGCAUUGCAGCAAUGGUCUCUGUGCUUGGAUUUAAGUUUCUGACUCCGUUUUUUGCUACUAAACUGAGGAUCCACGAUACAUGUGGGGUACAUAACCUGCACGGCUUACCUGGUGUGGUAGGAGGCCUCGCAGGCAUUGGGGCAGUAGCCCUGGGAGCGUCUAACAAGUCUACCCCGGCCAUGCAAGCAGCUGCACUAGGUUCUUCCAUUGGAACAGCAGUUGGUGGAGGGCUGAUCACAGGUUUAAUUCUAAAGCUACCUAUCUGGGGACAGCCACCUGACCAGAACUGCUAUGAUGACUCCGUUUAUUGGGAGGUCCCCAGGCUGAGAGAGCAUGACAAUCAUUUCUAUGAACAUGGAGGCCAAAACCAGCUGAAACUUGAAGUCUGAAUACCGUUCCUCUGCCUCAGCUUCCUUUCCCAUUAUUUAGAAUCAAGUUUAAAUAAAUAAAAAACAUCCAGUGAGAAUAAGGACCAGAAUGGAAGAUCCUGAGCCCCAAAUGUCCAGUGUAAAUAUGUCUUAACGUAAUCUGGUCCUAUCUCUUAAUAUUCACUGAUUGUUUAGUUGAAGGAACAUGACUCAUAAAAUAGAUGGUCAAAUGAUCCUAUUCAGCAUUCCCAGACUACUCUUACCAGUGGGUAGGAACAGGGUGAAUAUUCUGUGUAUAUCCAUGUAUUUCCCCCCCAUGAAGGUAGAUUUGCAAAGAAACCAAUACUUUCUAAUCAUAUCAGUUUUUAAAAUGUAGUUACUAUGUCUUCAGACCCAAAGAUUACACAACUGAAACCGAUGAAAUAAUAAUGUAUGUAAGAAAUCUAUAUAAGAAAUAUGAAAAAUGUCUGUAUGUAAAGCAGUAAUACAAUUGUAUUUGAUGGUGCUUUCUUGAUUUUAAAAAUGGUUGUUAGUAAUGUUAUACUUUGCUUGCUUAUUCUUAUGCUUAAUUUCUUUUGCAUGUUUACUAUUUGCAACAAGAGCUCAAAUGCAGUCUGACCAAAUUUUGUAUAAAA